AUUUACCAUCCAUAUCCAUAAGCUUAGAUAGCAUUGCAUUGCAAGGGUAGAUUUUAUGUAAAAUGUUAAAAUGUAUUUUACUUUUUGUUUAUGAAUAAGAAUUUACCGAUUCCGUUUUGUGACGUCAGCGGGCGAUACCAACUGUCACAGUAGCUGCAGGGGGGUCAGAGUAGACAACACGGCAGUUCAACAUCUGAGAAAUAAACCCCGACUCGAACCGUCUAUUUCAUCGAAGGACGUAAAUUGCUUGUUUUAAAUCCGACACUUUGUACAUCUACCAAAUGUGUGCGUAACGUUGAAAUCGAGCAGUUUCUCUUCGCCCCCUGUUCCGUCCCUCCGCCGGGUGACGAGGACGUGCUCCGUGUUUGGAUCGUUUACAGUCGAGCGGAUGAGCGCUUCCGCCUUGGCUGCAGCCGAGCUGUCACAGCGGGAGGAUGAACAACCACAAAUGUAGCACCUUAUUUCAGAAACCAAGAGGAAGGACGAGGAUUAUACAAUGUAUUUACGUUGUGGGCUUCAUGGAUUUGUUCGGGGUGAGCAUGAUCAUCCCGCUGCUCAGCCAUCACGUGAAAGCUCUUGGAGCAAGUCCCACUGUGGCUGGUAUUGUAGGAUCUACUUACGGGAUCUUACAGCUCUUCUCAAGCACAAUAGUUGGCGGCUGGAGUGAUGUGGUGGGACGGCGGGACUCUCUGCUGACCUGUCUGCUGCUGAGCGCUCUGGGCUACGGCCUGCUCGGGAUGUCCACCAGCAUCGCUCUGUUUGUCCUCGCACGGAUACCUGUUGGGCUGUUCAAGCACUCCCUGUCCAUCUGCAGAGCCCUGCUGUCUGAUCUGGUGACUGAGUCAGAGCGCCCUCUGGUGAUGGGACACUUUAAUGCAGCCUCCAGCGUCGGCUUCAUCCUGGGUCCAGUGGUGGGAGGCUACCUCACAGAGCAUGAAGGCGGCUUUUAUACCUCCUCCUUUACCUGCGCGGUCAUAUUCCUUACUAACGCAGGGCUUGUAUGGAUGCUUCCAUGGAGUGAGACACUAAUAACCGGUAAUGACACAAACUCCAGCAACGACACAAGUAAACGUUGUCAUGACUGCAGUAAGUUUGUCCGCAAUGGGUCUCCUGCAAAUAAUCACCACCCAGCGGAGACUGACCCGGACACCAAAGCUCCAGGGAAGCACAGAGGUGGUCUCAGCUGGAGGGACGUGUCUCUGCUCCAGCCUGCCUGGAGACAGCUGUCCUCGGUGGGCUCCAAGAUCCACACAGUGGCCUCCUCAGACAUGUGGGACCUUUUCCUGGUGCGCCUUCUGAUGGCUAUAGCUAUCAUGCUUUACUACAGUAACUUUUCUCUGGCGAUGGAGGAGCGUUUCUCUGUUAAACCAAAGAUGACCGGUUAUCUGAUCAGCUACAGCAGCACUUUAGGGGCCCUGGGUGGGUUCCUGGUGGGGCCCGUCACCCAUCUGUAUGGGAACAACAUGCCAGCUCUCCUGCUUCAUUCCACGGUCCUCACCUCCUCACUUAUUUUCCUGUAUGCUGCUGCACCCAGUGUCUCGCAGGUAGUACUCACCUCCACGUUCUUUGCCAUCUCCACCAGUAUCGGACGGACGUGUAUCACAGACCUGGAGCUGCAGAGAGGAGGGGUCCAGGCCAGUGGGACUCUGAUCGGAGCCGGGCAGUCAGUCACAGCCGUCGGCAGAGUCCUGGCACCUCUCCUCUCAGGUCUGGCCCAGGAGUUCAGCCCUUGUGGCCCCCCCUUUCUGGGAGUGAUCUUAGCUCUUGCAGCUGUAGGUUUACUGCUCAUCAGGAUCCCCAAAUGGGACGGGAGAGGGAUGACAAAAAAUGCAAAACUCUGAUGAACUGAAUGUAAAUUCAAUGCAAAACAACCACUCGGAGAAGUGCUCUUUUUUUUAUUUGUAAAAGAGCAGUUGCAUAGUGGGAACGAUGUUUUCUCCCCAAAUGUGACGACAUCACAGGGUCUUAUUGGCUCCUCGCCAGCAGCACUGCAGCCUCUCUCUCUCUCUCUGGAGGAGCCACUAGAAACUCAAGCACUGUGCUGAGGUGAAGUCAGGGCCUUCCCCUUUGCUGAAGUCUGAUCAGACAGACACAUAAGGGCCUCGUGUUGGCACAUAAUACUUGGGACAGUUUGGAAACACACUUUUAUUUCUAAAAUCCCCUUUCACUCAGAAAUGUGUUUUUGUUAUGUUUAUUCCCCCCUAAAUGUCUGAACUUGACUAUACUGACUUGUAUCCGUGCGAAGUCACUAGAGAGGUUUUGUCACAUUCCUGUUCUGAAGGGGAAAUGUCUUCCCUAAAAUCUAAGAUUCAAAGCCAGAAAGGAAACCUGAAACCCCCAGUGCAGAUGAGACUUGACAAUACAGACAAGUAGCAAAAACACAUUAAUAUUGUAGCAAAUAUAAUUGUAUGUUUCACAACCACUAACACUAAAUAUGGCAGUUACAAGCUGCUGAAAGAUGCUCACUACACUUUUUGGUGUACAACAGACUCCUUGACUGAGUCCGGAGGCUCAAACAUGUAUGGCUGAACCUCUCUGAUAUUUCCUCUAAUAGAGAUAAUGGAUCAGACGCUAAACUACCGCUGCAGUCUGCAAACUGCUCUUUCACUGGUCAAAAAAAGUGUAAUCAAGUCUGAUGGGUGGGAUGGAGGCAAAAUAUAGAGUUUCUCAGUGAGUGAGAAGGAGUAGAUGUCCUUCCAGACCCUUUUUGGUACUUUUUAUGUGGGAAAACCAUGUUAAACUAUUUAUCAUAGAAUAUUUUCACAUCAUGCCUGGAGGGGGACUUUAACGUAAUCCUCUUACCACCACUUUGUCCAAAGUCUGUUAGUCUGCUGAUGACACACUACAAGUCAAAAUAACUUCUACUUAUUCACCAAAAUUCAGAUUUUUACAUUUCAGGUUUCACACAUUCAUGAAGGAGCUGAAAUGUUAGUUGCUGUGAGGAAAUCCUCAAGGUAGAGCACACUGUUAUAGUUUAGGAAUAGCCAAAUUGGCAUUCAUUAGUUUAAUACAUUAACUCAGUGCCAGUUGUUUCUCGAAAUGCACUGCAUCAAAAAUGGUUCGUACAGUGGUACAUGAGCAGAUGUUAGCGCUAGUUUCUGACUCUUGAAUUUUACAGUUGCAGAGAUUAGUUUAUUUAUCUUAGAUUAAGUUUGAAUUGUGAUUUAUGAGAUUAUUGUUUGGUUUUAGGUUAAGUUUGAGCACCACUGUUUUUUUUUUAAAUCCCAAAUACCACUUGGGUAGAAGUAAAGCUGUACGAGUUUGUGUAAAGCUGUGACAUGCUAGAUUCAUGCCAAAAUAACAAGGAAUAAACAAAGUUUUGUAUGUGAGUCUGGACUUUUUGAGU